AUGCAACCAUCGACUUCGUUGUCUUCUAUAGCGUCAAGUAACUCAUCGAUCUAUGGAUCUCGAACGAUACUCGAUGAAGAAGAUUUACCUUCUGCCGCACCUCGAUGUCGAUCAUCAAUUAUAUCUUCAUUAGAUAAUCAUCAGACAAAUCACUCAUCGAAUCGAUCAAUAACCAAAUGUCGUCAUCUAUUUCGCACUUGUUUAUCCUCCACCUCGUCGUCUCUCUCAGCAUUAAUUCAGAAGAAAUUAGCCGAUCAAACCUUUCGAAAACAAUACUUCGCUAAGUUAUGUCGUUAUCAUCGUUUGCUGCUUGUUCUCAACGAUUAUCAUUGUCAAUGUGGCUGUCAAUUUCGAAUGAAAGAAGGUACGUUUGUUCUUCUCUACGAAACCGAAUCAGAUCACCGGUAUAACUUUGUCACUGUCAUCUCGAAUCAACUGGUUUGUUCAAAAGUACCAGCACAGUUUCUAUGUGAUCUUGACACAUUACGUGAACGUGUUCGUUCUAGAGCUUCCUGCCAUAAUGAGCAAAGCUUCGAUUUGUAA